UUUACUCGGAUCCGCUCGUCCGCCGUUUGUCGUGUGCGCCGAGUAAAUUCACGUCCCGGGGACAUCGAUUAAUCCCCCUUUUUUCCCCCCUUUUUUUUCGCGUUGAAUUCCUGUUACCCUCGCGCAAAUCCUCGACUGUGAUACGAAACGGUAACCCCGGUCGAGAGAGUAACGUCUGUCGCUUUGGUGUCACGCACCGGUAACGCCCUGUGACAUCCGCAGGUAUUAGUCACUCGAUGGAGCUGAUCAGAGCUGAUGAUAUGAAAGCUAUCUAAAGGAGCGUGUUAGAUAGAGAGAGUGAGAGAGAAAAAAAAUUCUUUUUUCACGGGAUAACACAUCGAGAUGGACAGCAAGGGAAGGAAGAUCAUCGUCUGUGACAAUGGCACCGGGUUCGUCAAAUGCGGAUACGCCGGCGCGAACUUUCCGGCCCACAUAUUCCCGUCUAUAGUAGGACGACCGAUAAUCAGAGCUGUCAACAAGAUCGGCGACAUCGACGUCAAGCAAGAAUAUUGCGUUCGUGAUGUGCUUAACAUGCCUGACUUAAUGGUCGGUGAUGAAGCGAGUAAACUUCGUUCUAUGUUAGAGAUAAGUUACCCAAUGCAAAAUGGGAUUGUUAGAAACUGGGAAGACAUGUGUCACGUUUGGGAUUAUACGUUUGGCAAGGAAAAGAUGAAUAUUAAUCCUAAAGAAUGUAAAAUUCUGUUAACCGAACCACCGAUGAAUCCUAUCACAAAUAGGGAAAAGAUGAUAGAGGUGAUGUUUGAGAAGUAUGGUUUCGCUGGAACGUACAUCGCGAUUCAGGCGGUACUGACAUUAUAUGCUCAAGGAUUGAUCAGCGGCGUCGUCGUGGAUUCCGGUGAUGGCGUCACGCACAUUUGUCCAGUGUUCGAGGAGUACGCUUUGCCACAUUUAACCAGACGGUUAGACAUAGCCGGACGCGAUAUUACGAUGUAUCUAAUUAAAUUACUGCUGUUGCGCGGCUACGCGUUCAAUCACUCGGCCGACUUCGAGACAGUGCGAAUGCUGAAGGAGAAGUUAUGUUACAUUGGUUAUAAUAUAGAGACUGAAGAGAAGUUGGCUCUUGAAACUACUGUGUUGGUAGAGUCCUAUACUCUUCCUGACGGGCGUGUGAUCAAGGUGGGCGGUGAGAGAUUUGCGGCACCGGAAGCGCUCUUUCAGCCUCAUCUGAUUAACGUCGAAGCGCAAGGUAUAGCCGAGCUGGUAUUUAGCACAAUUCAAGCGGCUGAUAUUGAUAUCAGAAGCGAGCUGUACAAGCACAUCGUUCUGAGCGGAGGUAGUACAAUGUAUCCGGGACUUCCAUCAAGGCUUGAACGAGAAAUUAAGCAACUUUAUCUUCAAAGAGUAUUAAAGAAUGAUACCACCAAAUUGAAUAAAUUUAAGAUAAAAAUUGAAGACUCACCGCGACGUAAGGAUAUGGUUUUCAUGGGUGGUGCCGUAUUAGCAGAAAUAACAAAAGAUCGAGAUUCCGUGUGGAUAACGCGGGAGGAGUAUGAAGAGAAAGGUCUUAGUGUACUAAAGAAAUUAGGCUCCUAUGAAUCAUAAGGAAAGUCAUAGUAAUGUAGGUUAUACAAUUUUUAACGGGCAAUCAAGUGUUUUUUAUACUUAAAAAAAACGUCGUUCUUGAAAGUUAGACUUGCGCAGCAGUUUUAUGAUUUGUUAUAUAAUUAUAAAAAUAAGUACUUGAAAGGAAGUACUUUAAAAGAAGACUUACUAGCUGUUUGAUACUAAACUUUAAUGAACUAAUGUAUUCUUUCGUUAAACGUGAUAUAAUUUCAAAACAAAUGCGACACAAAGGAUUUCAAAGUCGAGUAUCGUGGUUUCGCUAAAAUAUUGAAUGUGAACAUUUAAAUGUUAAUUUAAUAAAUUCGUGACUAUUAUAUUCCAGAUAGUUGUAUUUGAAAUAUUUCGUCAAUCAGGUAUAAAACGAUAUUGCAUUUAACGUGUAUUUAUAGCUCUCAGGUAAAUGUUCAACAUAUCGAUUAAUUUUUAUUGUUACUUACGUGAUACCUGAUAAAAAUUUCAUUCCUAUUUCCUUGUAUUUGUCAAACUUUUCUCUAAAAAGUGUAAAUACAAUUGAAAUGGUAAAACGAUUUCAUUCGUUGUAUAACACUAUUUGCCUUUCCAUUAUUUGUAAAAAAAAAACUGUAAGCAUAAUUGGCUUGUGACUUUAUAUUUAAAGUCUAUUUCGUAUGCAUACAUGUUAUAAAACGUGAAUUAUACGUGAUAAUAUAAGUAAAAAAGGCCAUAUUAAAUAAUCUAUUGUUGACGAAAAAAAAUGUUUGAGAUCAAAUAGUUGGAUUUGUAUAUAUAUGGAAUGUUGAGAUAUUUACAACUUUUUCUUAUUAUAAACAAUAAUGCACACAACUGUAUAAUAAAAGUAACGAUAAAAUUUUAA